CCACUUCCUUUAUUUGUCAUUUCCCACAAACGUUUAAACUGAGAUCUACUUAUUCUCGCCUCCACAUUUCACCACAGAACAGAUAUUAGCUUUAGCGGCCUAAACUCGAGUGUGUUCCAGUGUGAGGUGCUGUUCACCCCCCUGAGCCGCUGUUUGGCGGUGGAGGUCUGCGCUGCAGUGGUACAUUCGCAAUAAAAUGGGUGUGGUUGAAUCGCGCAUAUGUGAUGCUACGUGUUUCUGGUGCAGACCGAAUGAUUUCAUAUGGGACUGAAUUGACAGCAGAGGCCACGGGGUGCCUCGCUUUGUAUUGAAUUGGUCAUUUCUUGGACGAGGAGCGACGGUCAAAUCGAAGAGACCAGAACGAGAAGGCGGAGGAAGACGACACUCGGGAGGAAAGAGGCGAGGAUCAAGCAACGCAGUAUAAAGACAACGACGGCAUGUACUUGAUUUGAAAGCUUUACAGUAUUUGGACUUAUUACAUCUGUCGGUAAUUAUACCAUUUAAGGCGCAAAAUAUUUUCCCCCUCCCAAUAGCAAAGUGUACUGAAACCAGAAAUAGCUUGGAAAAGGCUUCUUCCCAUCCUCACUUAACGAUCAGAGGGCGACAUACGUAGCUCUGUAGCCUACUUCAUGAUAACAUCGUUUUGAUUUGUUUCACACACGAAACACACAGUUGCUGAGGCCUAACUAGCAUUAGGAGAAAACCGACAUUAUGCAGUCCUAAUCAUUUUCCAGCAGAAAAAUUCCCUGCGAAUUACUUCCGCCACCCGCUUCAGCAUUCCAGUCACUGUACGUGGAGACUAAAGCCAAACAGAAGAUUAACAGGUGUCUACAGGGGUGAGAGAGUUCAGAGGGUAAAGGUUAAAGGUCAUUUCAAGAUGAGUGAGCUCGAGCAGCUUCGUCAGGAGGCUGAGCAACUGCGCAAUCAGAUCAGAGAUGCCAGGAAAGCAUGUGGAGACUCCACACUCACUCAGAUAACAGCAGGCCUAGAUCCGGUGGGGAGGAUACAGAUGAGGACGAGGCGCACACUGCGUGGGCAUUUGGCUAAAAUCUACGCCAUGCACUGGGGCUCAGACUCCAGGUAUCUCUAUCCGCAACCUUCUAACAAUUCACCACUUACACCUGGCAUCAAAGAGAACAACAACAAAAAAAAAGUUAAAAGUAUUUGUGCCAGCGCUCUGUGGGACAUUGAGACUGGGCAGCAGACCACGCUGUUCUCAGGUCACAGUGGAGAUGUGAUGAGUCUGUCAUUGGCUCCAGACUCACGGACCUUCAUCUCGGGGGCCUGUGACGCCUCCAUUAAACUCUGGGACAUCAGAGAUAGCAUGUGCAGACAGACGUUCACCGGACACGAGUCAGACAUCAACGCUGUCUGUUUCUUCCCCAGCGGCAGUGCGUUCGCGACUGGUUCUGAUGACGCCACCUGCAGGCUGUUUGACCUGCGUGCGGAUCAGGAGCUGUGUUUAUACUCUCAUGAUAAUAUCAUCUGUGGCAUCACCUCUGUGGCCUUCUCCCGCUCUGGCCGUCUGCUGCUCGCCGGCUACGAUGACUUUAACUGCAACAUCUGGGACGCCAUGAAGGGAGACCGAGCAGGAGUGCUGGCUGGCCAUGACAAUCGUGUGAGCUGUCUUGGGGUCACAGAUGAUGGCAUGGCUGUAAGCACAGGUUCCUGGGACAGCUUCCUGAAGAUCUGGAACUGACCACACACAGCUCACAUAUUGUACACAUUAUUCACUCAUCAUACACAAUGUAUGUACUUUACUGUACAUAUGAUGUACACUUGCCUACACAGACACAUGCCUGACAAAAACCUGUACAUAAUAUAUAUAAUUAGUUACACGUUUACACCAAUCUCUUCAGUGCGACAUCACUCUAUACAUAUAGUCACACUAUAGGUAGGUUUUGGACCACAAGUUUGAAACAGGAAUGUUUACACACACACACUUGCUUUUUUUCCCCCUUACUAAAGGUUUGCUGGACCUACAUGGUACACAAGUACAUUUGGAGAAAUGUGCAUUGAGUGAGUCGUCUAAUUUGAGCAUUCAAAUCUAAAACAUGUUUUUGACAUGCUUUAUUUUGAGACUGAACCUUGAGCUCUAAGUGGUGGGUGUUGAUCCAUUUAAGAGCAAUCAUUUUUAUUUUGACUUCCAUUUUGUCAUCUAUACUCAAAAAUAAGCCUAAAGUACUGAUGUUUCCAUGAGCAUGUAGAGUUGAAAAUAUGGAAGACCUGAGACAGUUACCCACCAAGAAUUGUCCUAGUUGAUUCAGAUCACACUUUAUGUAGUCCAUGUUUUUAUAGAUGCAUAUGCCGGCAUAUUCCAGUAUACAAGUAAAUAUAUGAUGUUUUGAAUUUCAUUUUUGUUUAGAUUUGACUUUUUUUUUUAAAGCUUUUAUUCAUGUUUUCCUGUGUGCCGCACCCUAAGGAGAAUAAAGAAAACUGAAAAUAAAUCAAUAAAAAUCUGUGCCACUAAAUAUGUGACCACAGGUGGCUCAGAAGGCUGUGUGAAUACUUGUGAAAUUACUCAAUUCAUAAAAUUGCUUCUCAGCUGUUUUUUUUAAGGACCCAGAUUUAACAUUGGACCAGCAAAAUUAUUAAUCUGACAGUGUUGCAAAAGUAUAAACAGCAACAGAAGUGUGACACCGGACACACUUGCAUAUGAUACAUUUGGGCCAACAUUUGGAAAGUUGGACUGGAUGCAAAGCAUUUUGCGUUAACAUCAGAAUGUGUUCUUCACAUUUUUUUUUCUAAUAUCUACUACAUCCCAGUCACUUCUUUAUGGUU